AACAUUGGCUGUACACUGGUUUAGGGUUUUGCUUGCAGGCUGCAGCACAAAUCUGAUUAAUAAAUAGCAUUCAAUCCUUUCUUCUCCUAACGCUGCAUUUCGAUCUAUAUUUGAGUUCAAGGUUUGAAAUGAAAGAGGAGACCGACGUUCUUUUCAUUCAUUUUUGGGAAUGGUGUGCUUGGUAUUUGGUUUUAGCUUCAAUGAUGCAAGUUUUAAGAAGAAAAAAGCUAAGAAUUUGAGGAUCAGGACUUUUCUUUGUAAUUCACUUGAUUAAUAUACAGAAUGGUUUGUAGAUUUUCAACUAAGUUGUUAAAUAUAUGCAUAGCUUCUCUUUGUAAAGUUGGGCAAUUGGAGAAAGCAGAAGCAGUUGUAAUUGAUGGUAUAAGGUUAGGAUUGCUACCAGAUGUGGUGACUUAUAAUACAUUGCUUUCUGCAUAUAGUCGGUUUGUUGGCAUUGAUGCCGCUUAUUCUGUUAUUCAUAGAAUGAAAGAAGCUGGAAUAAGUCCGGACGUGAUUACUUAUAAUUCUUUGAUAGCUGCUGCCACCAAGCGUUGCCUACUAUCACGAUCCCUGGAUCUGUUUGAAGAAAUGCUUCGAACGGGUAUCCGGCCAGAUGUGUGGAGUUACAAUUCUUUGAUGCAUUGUUUCUUUAAAUUAGGAAAACCAGAUGAAGCCAAUAGAGUUUUUCAAGACAUUAUCUUGACCAACCUUUUACCUUCUUCAAGCACAUUUAACAUCAUGAUUAAUGGCCUAUGCAACAAUGGCUACACUGGUUAUGCCCUUAGUUUAUACAGAUAUUUACAGCGUCAGGGAUUUGUUCCUGAAUUAGUAACAUAUAACAUUCUUAUUAAUGGGCUUUGCAAGUCUCGUAAGUUGAAUGCAGCAAGAAGGAUCCUCAGGGAGCUUGGGGAAUCAGGGAAUGUGCCAGAUGCCAUUACCUACACUACAGUUAUGAAAUGCUGCUUUAGAUCUAGGCAGUUUGAACAAGGGUUUGAGAUCUUCUCAGAGAUGAAGAGUAAAGGGUAUGCUUUUGAUGCCUUUUCAUACUGUGCAGUCAUUGCAGCAUUAACUAAGACGGGUAGGUUAGAAGAGGCAAAUGACAUCAUGGAGCAGAUGGCGAGGAGUGACAUUGAUCUUGAUAUAGUGUCAUACAACACUGUUAUGAACCUGUAUUGUAGGAAUGGUAAGUUGGAAGCCACUUAUAAAUUACUGGAUGAGAUAGAGGAACAUGGGUUGGAAUGUGAUGAGUAUACACACACAAUUCUGAUUGAUGGGUUGUGCAAGGCAGGUAAUGUCGAAGGGGCUCUGCGUCAUCUGAAGAAUAUGACCAAAAUGGGCUUUGAUUCAACCUUGGUUGCUCAGAACUGUGUGAUUGAUGGAUUGUGUAAAGUUGGUCAGCUUGAUCACGCAAUCAAGAUGUUUGCAUCAAUGGAGGAUAUACAAGCGAAGCGAGGAGGCUCAAGUCAAAAAUCCGAUUGGCUAGGAUAUUACAUUAUUGAUACGGUUUUUGUGCUUUCACUAGGUGCUGGAAGCGGAAAUAGCUUAAUGUUGAAAUCAACUCAUCUUUUAUGGGCAUUCUUUGGAUUCAGUCUUGUUGAACACUUGUAA